AUGCAGAAAUCAUUUUCAUCUGCUGAAGGAGAUGCUUUACAUGAGGCCAAGAUCGAUCUUAAACCCAACAAUGAUGUUUCAGCGAUUAAUUUUGUUCUCAAGGAUGAAGAAACUGGUGCAUGGUAUCAACACAAAGGAAGAGAUUUCAAGGUUCCUCUGGUCAAUUACCUUAAGGAGGAUGCUAACAUAAUUGGACCUAAGAAAGGGGCCUUGGGGCAGAUAUCUAACAUUCUUCUCAAGUCAGAUACAACACAUGACAAAGCUCAAGAUGGCAACAGUGGAUCCAGAAAUACAAAAGUGGAAAAUAGUCAACUAGAAGGUUUCUACGUAGAACUGCCUAUUACCAAGGAAGUUAUUGUUGAUAACUCUAUCAAUGUCUCCAUUAGGAAGUGCUCUGAAACCGCUAAUAAUAAUUUAUAUUUAGAAACAGAUAUACCCGGCGAUAUUCUCCUUCAUUGGGGGGUUUGUAGGGAUGAUUUGAGAUGGUGGGAAAUUCCACCAACUCCUCAUCCACCACAAACAAUAGCAUUUAAGGACAGAGCUUUAAGAACUAAAUUUCAGUCAAGAGACAACAGAGUUGGAAGUUCAGUACAACUCUCUUUGGGAGAAGAAUUUUCUGGAUUUCUUUUUGUUUUUAAGCUAAAUGACGGUACUUGGAUAAAUGACAUGGGAGAUGACUUUUAUAUCCCCCUCCCAAGAUCUAGUAGCUCAAUUGUUGGCAACAGGGAUGACCAAUCGGAAGGUGUGCAGUGGGAAGUGACUGAAGCCACUAAAGAGGCAGGUCAAGAGGAAUCUAUAUCUGCAUUUACUGAUGAAAUAAUCAAUGAAAUAAGGCAUUUGGUUACAGAUAUUUCCUCUGAGAAGAAUCGAAAGACAAAAUCCAAAGAAGCCCAAGAAAGCAUUCUUCAAGAAAUUGAAAAGCUAGCUGCUGAGGCCUACAGCAUCUUCAGAAGUUCAGUUCCAACUUUCUCAGAGGAAACUAUUGUGGAAUCUGAAGCUGCUAUUGAAUCCAAGACAGUAAUAUUGCCUGAACUGCCUCCAAAAAUAUCCUCUGGAACGGGCACAGGCUAUGAAAUACUAUGCCAAGGGUUUAAUUGGGAAUCCCAUAAAUCUGGAAGAUGGUAUAUGGAGCUUAAAGAGAAAGCUGAAGAACUGGCAUCAUUUGGCUUUACUGUGAUAUGGUUACCACCACCGACAGAGUCUGUUUCUCCUGAAGGAUAUAUGCCAAAGGAUUUAUAUAAUUUAAAUUCUAGAUAUGGAACUAUUGAUCAACUGAAGGAUGUGGUGAAAAGUUUUCAUGAAGUUGGAAUCAAAGUGCUCGGAGAUGUUGUUUUAAAUCACCGCUGUGCUCACUUUAAGAAUCAGAAUGGUAUUUGGAACCUAUUUGGGGGUCGUCUCAACUGGGAUGAGCGUGCAAUUGUAGCUGAUGAUCCCCAUUUUCAGGGGAGGGGCAACAAGAGUAGUGGAGACAAUUUUCAUGCUGCUCCAAACAUUGAUCACUCGCAGGAAUUUGUGAGAAAGGAUCUUAAAGAAUGGUUAUUGUGGCUGAGGGAAGAAAUUGGGUACGAUGGGUGGAGGCUUGACUUUGUCAGAGGAUUUUGGGGUGGUUAUGUAAAGGACUACCUGGAAGCAAGUGAACCAUACUUUGCGGUAGGAGAGUACUGGGAUUCUCUUAGUUAUACGUAUGGUGAAAUGGACCAUAAUCAAGAUGCACAUAGGCAGAGGAUCGUUGACUGGAUCAAUGCUACUGGUGGUACUGCUGGUGCAUUUGAUGUUACAACGAAAGGGAUUCUUCACUCUGCUUUGGAAAGAUGUGAAUACUGGCGCUUGUCAGAUCAGAAGGGAAAGCCCCCUGGUGUGCUUGGAUGGUGGCCAUCUCGUGCUGUUACUUUUAUAGAAAAUCAUGACACUGGUUCUACCCAGGGUCAUUGGAGAUUUCCCAGUGGAAAAGAAAUGCAAGGAUAUGCUUACACCCUUACUCACCCAGGAACUCCGUCAGUGUUCUUUGACCAUCUUUUUUCUCACUAUAAGACAGAAAUAUCGACACUUCUAUCUAUCAGGAGGCGGAACAAGAUCCACUGCAGGAGUACAGCAGAAAGGGAUGUUUAUGCAGCUUUGGUAGAUGAAAAAGUUGCUAUGAAGAUUGGACCUGGUCAUUUUGAACCACCUAGUGGAUCCCAAAAUUGGUCCUCAGCUUUGGAGGGAAGAGAGUAUAAGAUUUGGGAGGCAUCAUAA